AUGGACCCCGACAACAUAUCCCUCCGGUCCAAGAAACGACUAAUAACGGAUUCGGGCAACAUAUCCCCCCGGACCCGGUCCAAGAAACGACCAGUAACGGACUCUGGCAACGAAUCCCCUCAUUCCGAGCCUAAUCCCCAGCGGAACCCGUGGAAUACCGAACAAGAUGACGAAUCCUCGACAAUUGUCCGGCCGCCGAACCUGAGAAGGGAGAGAUAUCAUUCUGUGUCGAAUAGACGGAAAGAAGGGGAGAAUUCCUCGUCCGGGGCGUGGUCACACAAGGCUGAGCCGCCUUCUGCGCCGUCGGAGAGGGCGAUGAGUGAUGGUGGUGGUGAUGGGGAGCAUGGAGGUGUUGGGAGAAGGGAGCAGGAUGAUGGUGCUUCGACUUAUACGCAGAGAUUGUACGAUCAUGUUAUUGGGGAGAGGUUUACGCCUUCGAGGACGGGGCAUCAUCAUCGGAGUCGGACGCCGAGGCCGGCGAUUGUCAUGACUGGGCCGGGUGGGGAACAAGAGGAGUGGCGUUAUGAGGAGGAUGAUAGGUUUGAGAAUGUGGAGUUGGGGGGAGGGGAGGGUAUUACAGCUCGUUUAUAUGUUUAUGCUGGGUUGAGUGUGGUUGCUGUGGUGGGGCUGGCCGGGUUCUUAAGGACGUAUGAUGGGCAGGUUUUGCCGCAGGAAUUUGGGUGGUCCGGUAUAAGCUUUGAGACGGGGGUUGUUGCGUUGGUGACGGCGAUGAGAUUGUGUAUGGAUGCGUAUGUUGGCUCGGCCAUCAGCCAGGGGGCGUGGUUGUGGGUGAGUGAGAGUGCGCAGAUGAGGAGGAAGGGUGGGGAGGAUGGAAGGUGCGGAGCAAAGUUGGAGGAUUUUGGGAAGUUUGAUGCUGCGAGUAGGGGGUUAAGGGGGGCAAUAAAGCUGAUUUGGAGGUUGAAGGGGAGGCACCUUGGAUGCGUUGGAGCAGCCAUUGCCAUUCUUGGGGUUGGGUUUGAGACCUUCAGUCAGGAAAUGGUCAGCUUUGAACAGCAGCCGAGGCAUCUAGACAACGGCACGUUGAGUCCGGCACCAGCACCGGCUAGAUACGUCUCUGUCUUUAUCGACAAAAGCGGCUGUCUAUGCCGGAAUUAUCUCCACAGAGCCAGCUGUGGCGACUGUGUCAAUGCCGAGAUAUACACCAAGUGUAACAAAACAGCCAAUACUUGCACCUACACAACUGGCUCUGGGACGUCAAUCGUAAAUUCGAUGGACCCGGGGGAACGAAGCAUAUUCAAGGUCGCACCAACCAACGGGACCGUCCACAAGAUCUCCUCGACUUCCCGGGCUUACUACUCGGUGUUUGACUUUCUCUCUGUAACACAAACAGAAGAGACUGGGUUGCUUCUGGCUGGUUCAGAAUGCGCUCUGUGGUUCUGCGUAGAGGGCCUCAAGAUCUGGGUAGAGGACGGCAAGCAGAACCAAACCCGCGUUGCCAACCACUCCCUCACCUCGUUGACAAUGACCAGUGCCGCCCAUGGGUCAGAGCACGUCUUUAUCAACAUUCCUCCCAGUCUCAACACAGACAAUGCCACAAAAUAUGUCGUCACGCGCGAGGCCAUGCUCGCCCUGCGUAACUUCAUGUCGUCCAUCACGAUGGGCACAGUCACCACGACCCUCAACACGCUUGAUUCGUCAUCAGACUGGGUAGAAGCCAUGUGGAACGCCACCACGGGCGAUUUAAAUCAGUGGAUCAACACCUUUGCCGCCAGCCUGACGAACGAAUUCCGGCUUCAUGGAGCGGUGACACAGACGACGAAGAAACGAUACGAUGGAGACGCCACGCAGAUGACGCCAGUGGUGAAGGUGAGGUGGUACUGGCUGAUGUACCCUGCCUUUAUGAUACUACUGAGCAUCUACUUUUUGUUUCACACCAUUCUGGCGUGUUCGAUGGCUGGAGUCAGGGCGUGGAAGGGAGAGGUGCUGCCGCUGUUGUUUUGCAGGGUGGAUGAGGGGUUGUACGAACGAGGCAGGGCUGGGUUGGAGAUUCCAGGCGGGUUGGAGAAGAGGGUUGCGGGGGAGAAUGUGGCAAUGUACAGGAGUGCGGAGGAUGGCGGGUGGGGGUUUAGGACUGUGGAGCAUGGGGAGUGGGCUGAGGAGGUGAGCCUAGAGGGAGAGAAGAAGUAG